GGACGGGGGCUUCUUGUGGCAGGAAGGAUCAGACGGGAAUCUCUAAUUUAUCGCUGAGUGUUCUGUCUGGUGAAAGUCAUGUCAUCCAUAUUGCCAUUCACUCCACCAGUUGUGAAGAGACUUCUAGGGUGGAAAAAAUCUGCUAGUGGCUCUGUCGGGGCUGGUGGUGGCGAGCAGAAUGGUCAGGAGGAAAAGUGGUGUGAAAAAGCAGUGAAAAGCUUGGUCAAGAAGCUAAAGAAAACGGGACAGCUGGAUGAGCUUGAGAAGGCCAUUACCACUCAGAACUGCAAUACAAAAUGUGUGACGAUACCAAGCACUUGCUCUGAAAUUUGGGGACUGAGUACACCAAACACGAUAGAUCAGUGGGAUACAACAGGCCUUUACAGCUUCUCUGAACAAACCAGAUCUCUCGAUGGCCGUCUACAGGUAUCUCAUCGUAAAGGAUUACCACAUGUCAUUUACUGUCGUUUGUGGCGCUGGCCAGAUCUUCACAGUCACCAUGAACUUAAAGCAAUUGAAAACUGUGAAUAUGCUUUUAAUCUUAAAAAGGAUGAAGUAUGUGUAAACCCUUACCACUACCAGAGAGUGGAGACACCAGUCUUGCCUCCUGUACUAGUGCCACGGCACACUGAGAUUCUAACGGAGCUUCCACCUCUCGAUGACUAUACCCAUUCCAUUCCUGAAAACACUAACUUUCCAGCUGGAAUUGAACCACAGAGCAAUUACAUACCAGAAACACCACCUCCAGGAUAUAUCAGUGAAGAUGGAGAAACGAGUGACCAGCAGUUGAACCAAAGCAUGGAUACAGGAUCUCCAGCAGAGCUGUCUCCUAGUACUCUCUCUCCAGUUAAUCAUAGCUUGGACUUGCAGCCAGUUACUUACUCGGAGCCUGCGUUUUGGUGUUCAAUAGCAUAUUAUGAAUUGAAUCAAAGAGUGGGAGAAACCUUCCAUGCAUCACAGCCUUCCCUGACCGUAGAUGGCUUUACAGAUCCAUCAAAUUCAGAACGAUUUUGUCUAGGUCUGCUUUCCAAUGUAAACAGAAAUGCUACAGUGGAAAUGACAAGGAGACACAUAGGGAGGGGAGUACGUCUCUAUUACAUCGGUGGAGAAGUUUUUGCUGAGUGCCUAAGCGAUAGCGCGAUUUUUGUUCAAAGCCCCAACUGUAAUCAAAGAUACGGCUGGCAUCCUGCAACUGUGUGCAAAAUUCCACCAGGAUGCAAUCUAAAAAUCUUUAAUAACCAAGAAUUUGCUGCUCUUCUGGCUCAAUCUGUGAAUCAGGGUUUUGAAGCAGUUUAUCAGCUUACUAGAAUGUGUACCAUAAGAAUGAGUUUUGUUAAAGGAUGGGGAGCUGAAUACAGGCGGCAAACAGUAACAAGCACUCCUUGCUGGAUUGAGCUUCAUCUGAAUGGACCUCUACAAUGGUUGGACAAAGUAUUGACUCAGAUGGGCUCCCCUUCAGUACGCUGCUCCAGCAUGUCGUAAAGCUCCUUCCUCCAUUACCAGUGGGCUAAAUAUCCAGUCCAAUCAACAGACUUAAUAUAACAGCUCGUCUGUCGUAGUAUUUGUGUGUGGUCCCCAUGAACUGUUUACUAUCCCAAAAGGUUUUUAAAAAAAAAAAAAAAAAGAAAAACAGCACUUGAGGUCUCAUCAAUUAAAGCACCUUGUGGAUUCUGUUUCCUAUACUCUGAUACUAGAUGAAAAUUUAGUGUAUAGAAAUGCCUUCUUCAGAAAGAAGAAGGGACAGUUCUAAAGACUCUUAAUGGUGUUUUUAUUGGGUAUAUAAUUGAGUGUCCUAAUGGUUUAUCAAUAACAUGAGUAGCUAAGUGUAUGUACAGGUAAUGUAUCAUGAUCUCAGAUAUCACAGUAUUGUGCUGUUCUACAUUUUAGUUCCCAUAAGUAGUUGUUUGUUUUCUUGAUUGGGGCAAAUCUCUCAUAAAAUUCCAAGACUCUACUCCUUUAUUCUUUUAUAUUUUUUUAUAUAAGCAGGUUUUCAAGUUGUCCUAAACAUAAAAAGCAGACUUUCCUUGUAGAAAAGCUUAACUUUUUGCUGCCUUCUUAAAGAAAAAGAAAAUCCCUCCAUUGGAAGGGAAAGAAAUGUCUUGAGAUUCAUCUGCGAAGUCUUAAGACACUUUAUAUGCUUAAUGGGGCCUAAAAUGAAUUCAUAUGAUAAAUUCUGAGUAUCCAUCACACUAGGAGUCUACUUUUCCCUACCCAUCUGAGUUGAUGCAUCUGUUGCCAGCAGUAUUGCUAGGACUGAUGUAAUUUGGGACUUUUUUGUACCUUGAAUCGUUGAAAUCGGCAUUUUUUUCUCAUGGAAUGAGAAUUUACCGUAGCAUUGGAUAUGGAAUUAAGUACACAAGGUUAUUGGCUUACCCUUUACGUCUGUAUUUUUUUCAUUAAACGGAUGUCACUAAAAAUCGUGGGGUUUAGUUUUUGGAGCCAAAUACCUUGAAAAAUCCUUUCCCAGGGUAAACUAGACUCUUUCGUAUAGGUUUUAAAAUAGAUGCAGCUUCUUAACAUAUUUCAGUAACAGAAUUUAAAUUUCUGAUCUGAGUGGCUUUGUAUAGCUUACUUACAUACCAGAUCAUACGCAUUCAUUACGUCAUAAUGGGCCUUGUUAUUAAAAGUAGUUGCUUCUGCAAAACCUCUAGGAUAGUGGUUGCUGAGGUAUGACCAGCGAAGGAGGACUUCUAGGUUCUUCGUGACAGUGCAUGUUAUUGUGAACCCUUGGACACUACAGGCUGCACCAUAUUAAAAAUAUUCUGAAAUAUAUUCUACAAAUAAGUCUGGGUUGGGGAAGGGUUGGGGAACUGUAUAGAAGGGUUAUUCUGACUUGAAAAAUAUACAUCUUACUAACAAUCUUGUGAUCUAGCUGUCUGUCAUUCUUUUGUUAUUGUGGCAGUAGCAGGAUUGCCUUUGUCUGUUUUUCCCAUUGUUUCAUCCAUUACACUAGUACUGUACUUUGUAAGUACAGCUAGUGAUAACUUAGCUUUGAGAUCAAAAAUGUGGCCAGUGUUACAGCUUUUAAUCAGUUGACUGAAUUGAUGGUAGUGAUGGAUAUUUUUAUGCCAUAAUGACUAGGGCAUAGAAGCAAUACCAAAAAUCAAGCCUUGAAAAAGUGGGCCAGACACCUUUAGAAAAUUGGCAAAGCAGUUACCAGUUUGUGCUAGUUUUACCAGUAGACUAAUGUAUUGGUAGAACUUGUGAACCUAAGAAAUAAGCUUCAUGCGUGUUGCAUUUGCCUAAUAUGUGAAUACACUAAUAAAAGUUUUAAUUCUCA